UCUGUCUGAAGCUGGAGUUCCCUCUAGCUGUAGUCGGAGGAUUAAUGGGGGUCUGUCGAAUUAUGCGAACAAGCUAGCUAGCUGCAGCGGUUCUGGAUCCUGGAAAGUCAUCGGGGCAGGGACCAACUGAAAAGGGGAAUAUUAUUUUUUAUUAUAGAAAUAAUACCAGCCGUUAGAGGAGUCUUGGCUUCUCCAGCAGCAGAGUCCGGGCCUUGCUGGGUGCUACAGUAUAGUCUGAGGGGGUAGCGUUAGCUACGUUCGAGGGGGAGAGGUACAAGCAAAGAACUGGUUUCGACGAUUUCUACUGUACCAAGGGAGCCGAGAAACAUUAGUUGGCUAGCAGUUUACUGCAACCCAUAGGUAGCUAAAUAGCUAGCUCACAUAGCUAGCUAGCGUUUAUUCGCUAGCUAGCUACUUAGCUAGCAAACGUUACCUACGGACUUUUUUCAACGCAAGGUAGAACAAACAACGGGGAGAUACCACGAUUGGUAUAAGACGUGUUGCGAAUUAUGUUUGUAGACUACGUGCGCAUCGACUCUAGAUAUUGAAGACUCGAUUGAGAAGUGGACGUAAAGAAAAUCGCAAGAAAUUCUGUAUCAAGGGAUCUCCUACCUGGCCUGCAAUCAUGGGCAACGCGCCCACCUCCAAGAACAAGGGCAACGAGAUGGAGAGUGUGAAGGAGUUCCUCGCCAAAGCCAAAGAAGACUUCCUGAAGAAAUGGGAGAGCCCUGCACAAAACACCGCAGCCCUUGACCAGUUUGAUCGGUUGAAGACCCUGGGCACGGGCUCAUUCGGGCGGGUCAUGCUGGUACGACAUAAAGAAACGGGCCAGCAUUUUGCCAUGAAAAUCCUCGACAAACAGAAGGUGGUGAAGCUCAAACAGAUAGAGCACACGCUGAACGAGAAGCGCAUCCUGCAGGCUGUCAGUUUCCCCUUCCUAGUGCGGCUGGAGCACUCCUUCAAGGACAACACAAACCUGUACAUGGUCAUGGAAUACGUUCCUGGGGGCGAGAUGUUCUCUCAUUUAAGGAGAAUUGGCAGGUUCAGUGAGCCACACGCCCGUUUCUACGCUGCCCAGAUCGUCCUGACCUUCGAGUACCUCCACUCAUUGGAUCUCAUCUACCGAGACCUGAAGCCGGAGAACCUGCUCAUAGACAACCAAGGUUACAUACAGGUAACAGAUUUUGGGUUUGCCAAAAGGGUGAAGGGUCGGACCUGGACGUUGUGUGGCACCCCAGAAUACCUGGCCCCUGAAAUCAUCCUCAGCAAAGGUUAUAAUAAAGCUGUUGACUGGUGGGCUUUGGGGGUACUUAUUUAUGAGAUGGCCGCAGGUUACCCCCCAUUCUUUGCUGACCAGCCCAUUCAGAUCUACGAGAAGAUUGUCUCGGGAAAGGUGCGCUUCCCAUCGCACUUCAGUUCGGACCUGAAGGACCUGCUGCGUAACCUGCUGCAGGUGGACCUGACCAAGCGCUUCGGCAACCUCAAGAACGGCGUCAACGACAUCAAGGGCCACAAAUGGUUCGCCACUACCGACUGGAUCGCCAUCUACCAGCGGAAGGUGGAGGCUCCUUUCAUCCCUAAGUGCAAAGGUCCCGGAGACACCAGCAACUUCGACGACUACGAGGAGGAGGAGAUCCGGGUGUCUUUCACAGAGAAGUGUGCAAAGGAGUUUGCCGAAUUCUGAAUGCACCCAGGUGCAACAGCGGCAGAGUGGGGACAAAGAGGAAGAGAAAAGGUGGAAGGGAGGAACAGAGAAAGAGCAAAGGGUUGAGGGGGGGCAUAAAGGUGGAAAAAAAAAACGGGACUGCCGACCUGCACAUAGAAAGAGCGACAACAACAAUGUAUAACCCCCCUCCCUCCCCCCUCCCUCCUUCCUUCCCUUCCUCGGAAGGAGCAAUGAAGUGGUCCAGGUAGAGCCAGCAGUGUUGCCUUCUCAGAUCGUUUCUCACCUAUUAAUUAUCCAUUUAAUGUUUAUCCCCCCCCCCCCCUCUUUCUAUCUCUUGGUCUGGUGGCAGAGAUGCAGUCCACUUUUUUCUUCUUGUAAUCCAUCGUCAUUGUUUUGUUUGUUUGUUUUUGGUUAUUUUUUUUUCUUUCUUUUCAAAAUCAAGGCAGAGUGACACUGUUGAGUCACUGCAGCUGGUUGCAGGCGUCGAUGUCUAUGUGGUACUGGGUUGCAAGCCCUUCCCAGGGUGGGUCAUCUCUGGAGGUGCUUGUCAGUGAACAAGGGCAUCACCAUCACUGCUUGGUUAUUAGAAACCACACGUCACCCCAUCUGGACACACACACAUAUACACACACAAACAUGUAUACACACAUGCGCACACACAGACACACACACUCUCUCAGUCUGCCCUGGCUUCUUAUCCUCCACCUGCCCAAGCAAUACAAAGUUCAGCUCUAAUGUCUCUACUGUGCCUGUCAUGAUGCCAGCUUUUUCAGUGGUCGUGCUGGAAAGUACCUCCACUGGGAUUCAGCUUGUGGUGGCAGCAAACCCUCUUUUUUUGUUUUGUUUGUUUGUUUUUCUUGAGAAUCGAAAUCAUGAUGCCUGAUGCAUCGCCACACACACACACACACACACACACACAUACACAAACGCUCAUCAAUUAUGUGUUUAUAUUGUGGCACGAAUGUUUGUACUUGUACUUUUGUUUAUUUUUUCGCUUUCUUUUUUCCAUCACUGUUGACCACUUGAAAAGCAAGACUAGAUUUGAGUCAUGUACCGAAAGUUGGUCUCUCAACAGGUUUGUCAUGUAGGUCUUAAUUGUCCUAGGGACCUAUCAGUUAGCAGACCUACGCUCAGCCUUUUGUAGGGAUAAUUAUGUCCAUCUGUGGCUCUCAUGAAUGAGUUUUUUCCCCCAUUAUUUUUGUUAACAACCUUUCUGAGAAUAAUGUGUGUCUUCUUAAGUGUGUGUGUGAGUGUUUGUUUAGUUGUUUGGACAGAAUCUAAAAUGUGUUUUCCUUUUUUUUUUCUUUUUUUUAAGUAAUCACCACCAUUUUUAUGAUCACUCCUCAGUAUAGAUUCUUGUAGCACAUAAAUAUACAUCGAUAUGAUUGACUCCACACCCUGUCAUUCACUCCCAUCACUUUUCUCGCCUUUAAUAGCUAUGGAAUAAUAAUUAAAAACAAAAACUUACAUGAAGUUUUUUUUUUUUUUUUUUUGGUUUUACGAAUAAACUGACAUGAUGUCUGCCAAAAUCACAAAUGUUGACGGCAUUGUCGAGAGCCAAGAUGCUCCGUAAUUAAUUUAAGUGAUGGGAGACUGUAAAGAGGAAAUAAGUAGCAAAACGCAAAACGUUUCAGAUACAUGGUGCAUGCCAUUUUUGUAGAUAACGCGUAUAAAAGGGUAAGUUAACACUUUUCUUUGGUUCUUCUCAGUAUCUGUUUUGGUCAGGUUUCACAGGGUUGUGGGUAUAUAUUUUUUCUUUUAUUUGGUGGUGGGAGCGGGCUGCAGUUUAUUGUUGGUGCGUGUGUGUGUGUGUGUGUGUAUGUAUGCCUUUGUUUCUGUUGCUUCAUAAUAUUUGAAGGGAGCUUAGGGAGUGAGUGUAGAUUUGUUUCUAUAUGCCAGGUUUGAGUUUUUUUUAAAACUCUACUCAAGAUUGCCCCCCCCCCCUCCCCCCCAGCCCCACCCUGUCCCGCUCUAUGAUCUGUAAUAGUUGUUGGGACUUGGGCUACAAGAUCCGAACUACUACCCCCCCGUCUGCUUUCCUUUUAAAGCAGUUUUUUUUUAAUUGUCCAGUCAAUCCUUCUCUAGUCUGACAUUUCCUCUCCCUCCCGAACUCCAUUUGCAACAACACCAUUUUUUUUCUUCUGGAUGUGUAUUCUGGAAACCAAUGCGUCCAUGUGGCUUAUAAUUCCGUCUGUUAAUGAAAAAAAAAAAAGUCUACCUAUAAUGUACAGAAAUGAUUCAUUGCAAGAGGGUCAUUUUGAAGUCUGCUAGCCCGGUUACAUUUUGGACAGGAUUCCCUGUGUGUACUGCAGGACGCGAGACAAUCUAUGGCCUAAUCCCCAACACGGUUGGCUUUUUAAGAACCCUGUGCAAUAAUGCAAAACAAUUUGUUUAUGUCCAAACUUUAAUUUUUGGCUUCUUGGUUGAUGUGAACUUCUUUCAUGCUCAUGUCAUUAUCUUUGGCCCAUCCGCCCAGUCAGUUGUUCUUUUGCCGACUGCAACAGUACACAGCUGAUAUGUGUUGGUGUUUUUUUCUUUUUGUUUCUACAAUGAACAUUAACACAUUGUUUUGUCAUGACAUUUAGGCUAGUUUAAAUUAUUUCAACUGAAUGUUCACAAAUCUAAUAGUUUGUUGCCAGCUUAUUAAACCUUUCAAAUGCUAUUUUUUGUUUGGAAGGACUGGGUUAAUUGACUCAAUAGAACUGAUGAAUUCUGUCUUGUAAAAAUGUGUUUAAAAUGCUGUAUGAAGGAGGAAACAUACUGGGUUUCUCGAUGGGUCCCUGCACAGUGCAUUGCUUUACUGCAUUGCAGGUUAGUGGUUAUGGUUAGGUGAUGAAGCACCUUUCUCUGCAAAAUCCUCUCAAAGUGAUUUUCAAAUGUGUGAUGAAGAUGCAUAAAGGAUUUGCACAUUCUGGAGCGAUGUGCAAGGCACUCAUCAUGUUUGUUUUCUCACCUUUAUUUACCACUCCUGUCAUAUUUGGAGUGGCGUUCACUUAUGGAUGUCCACCGAUUCGGGCCUGGUGUUAGUGCAGGCCCUACGCUCUUAACUCACAUUGUUCACAUUACUAUUGUUCGAAGUGCGGCAGUGAUGUGCGCCACCUGGUGGCUGUACAAUACACCUACACUGGGUGUGCAGAUUUAGGAGGUUGGUUUUAAGUUUUUGGUCUCGGGGUGUGGACGAUAGCUCAGUGCUUCAUGAAAAAGGAGAGGGAACAGAACCGAAAUGGUGUGUAAAGGAGCAACCACCUUCAUGAUAUACUUGUGAAUGACACCGAGUACUUAAUAGCCUCUCUGGCUCUUUUAACCUUUCUUGAACGGUGUCGAUUGUCAACAUUUCCCUUCCUUGCCCCCCCCCACCCCCCCACCCCCCCUUACACCGUUUUGCUCUAUUGUGGUCACCAGUUCAUGCUUACGUUUGCUUUUGUAUGCAUCCACUUUCCCUUGCGCACUUCUUAGGCUACAGACAUUUCGCUUUAUGAAUCAUGGAGGAAAAAAAUGUUGAUUUUUUUUGUCAUUUUUUUCUAAAUGUAUAAAUAACAGGAAUCUUUCCUCCCGAUGCAGGUAUGGUGAUGGUGUAGUCUGUUGUACCUUUUUUCGGGGAACAAUACUGUAUAUCUCUGCCUUUAUCAGUCUUAAUUAUUUUACCUUCUGGAGAACUUGACAGAUACCCUUAGCACACAUCGAGUAUGUUAAAAAAAAAAAAAAAAGUAAUAUUUUACAACAUGUAUCAUUCCAAUAAAGUUUUACUUGUUAAAAUUACAA